CCAUGGGCCGGAGAAGAAAGAGCGUGUAGCACAGACGGCGGCCCCACCAACCAGCCGCCGCUCCACUCCCCGUCCGUCACCGUCACCUUCCUCGAGAACCCCAAGCGCAAGAAGCUCUCCUCCCCCUCACCAGGGAUCCCAACAGACGGCCCGAGCCCCCUCCAAUGCUCCACAGUCCACGGACAUGGCCUUCCUCAGAACCCUAAACCCUCUCCUCCGCAGGAACCCCGCCCUCCCGAAUCUGAGGCCUCUCUUCUCCCACUACACGCUCUCCGCCCCCUUCCGCGCCGCCGCCCCUCCCGCCCCCGCCCCCUUCGCCGCCGCGGCCGCGGCCGCGCACCCCCGCGUCCUCGGCCGCCCCCGCAGCGGGCCGCUGCUCCCCUCCUCGUCCCCAUGGGCGCUCUCGCGGUCCGCCACGCCGUUCACCACCGCCGCCGCUUUCCGCUCGAAGCUCCACAGGGCUCGCGCCAUUGCCGGCGGCGGUGCGCAGGCUCUCGCGGACGCGGUGCGGUGGGAGCCCAAGCGGGUCUACGGAGGCGAGGCUGCGGGUCCGGGUGGAGGCGAGAAGUUUCUGAAUCUGCCCAAUUUGGUGUCGAUCGGGCGCAUGGCGUCGGGUCCGUUCAUUGGAUGGAUGAUUAUGAAUGAAUGGUAUCUUCCUGCUUUUGGCACAUUAGCUUUGUCUGGUGCAAGUGAUUGGUUGGAUGGUUUUUUAGCAAGAAAGAUGGGCAUCAAUUCUGUAAUUGGUUCAUAUCUGGACCCAUUGGCUGACAAGGUGUUGAUUUGCUGUGUUGCUGUAGCAAUGGUUGAGAGGGAGCUCUUACAUCCUGGCCUUGUUGGCCUGGUGGUUGCAAGAGACUUUCUCCUGGUGGGUGGGGCUUUCUACAAACGAGCAUCCAGCCUGGGAUGGAAGUGGAAUAGUUGGUCAGACUUUUGUAAUUUGGAUGCAAUUCAGCGUGAGAAGGUUCAACCUCUUUUCAUCAGCAAGGUAAAUACAGUAUUUCAGUUGAUGUUGGUUGCUGGCGCACUCCUUCAGCCAGAAUUCGGCACAGAGGAGACUCAGAAUUAUAUUACAUACUUGGGUUGGCUGGUUGCUACUACUACAAUGGCAUCCACAGUAGGUUAUGGUGUGAAAUACUAUCAGUUAAGACCGAGGACAUGAUGACAGCUGUUGCCUGCAUUUUUGUUAAUUACCAGCCAGAUUACGAUUGGUGAAUCCAGCAAUUAGUUGUGAAACUCAAUUGUUUCCAUGGACCAUCCAAAUUUGAAGAAAUGGAAGGGUUGUGCAGUUUCUAAAAAUGAAAGCUGCAGAUGUUUGCUGUAUUAGGACCUCUCCCAAGUAGCCAUUAGUCUAGUUCCUUACACAUGGGGUCACUGACUAGAAUAUAAAGCUGUAGAAUUUGUUGUAUUUUUUGCUUAAGAAUGGUCAGCAAAUUACUGGUGGGCAAACCGCAUGCCAGUGUACAUAUUCUUGCAGCUCUGUACUAAUGUUGAGUACAGACUAGAGAGGUUGGCUAGUCUUGAGACGUCAGCGGUUGAAGUCUA